UUGAUGUCAUGUGUCAGAGUGACUGUCGUGACUGAAUCAACCUGCAAUUCCAUGCCUUGCAGAUGCUGCUGAAAUCACAACACCACGAAGUAGAGAUUUUUCUGUACAUGUUGUGUACAAAAAAUGACGACAUUUCACGAUGAAAUAGAAAUUGAAGACUUCGAAUACGAGGAAGAUGAAAACAUGUACUACUAUCCCUGUCCCUGUGGUGAUCGAUUUCAAAUAAGCAAGGAGGAGUUGUUGGAUGGAGAAGAACUAGCAACAUGUCCAAGCUGCUCACUGGUGGUCAGAGUGAUAUAUGAUUUGGACAAACUGAAGGCAGAAGAUGAAGAAAAACAUAAAUCAGAGAAGAAUAGGGAAGCUGUGAGAGCCUAAGUUGAUGUAUGUGAAACAUACAAUGGCAUGAAAUGCCGGCGGCGUAUUAACCAGCAGCUCCCUGUCCUGGUAACCUGGUCCAGCAGGCUGGACUCACUGAGAUGUCUUGUUGCCAGUCAUACAGAUUCUGAGCUAUAAGUCAUCUUGUUGUUGUUUAUUUCAUACAAAUAUAUUUCCAUUCAAUAUCUUACUAUAUUAGACAUCCAAUCAUUGGUAGGGAAUAUUAUUAUAAGAUUUUUUAUUGUAUUGCGUAUAUAUAUAUACAUGUAUUGAGAAUACAGUUUAUGAUACUGGAUCUUGUAAAUAUAAAUAAAACAACAAAAGUGGUA